CGAGCGCGUCCCCUGGGGUUUCCAUAGCGCCGCCCUCGGCCCCCGGCCCCUCCGCGUCCUCUCCCGCCGCAGAGCCCUGAACGUGUAGGCCGGCGGCGGGGCCGGCCCGCGACGUAGCGCGCCGCCUGGGGGCGGGGCCGGGAGCGCGGGUGGCGCUCUAGGCGCGCCCGCGGCGACUCGAUGGUCCCGGGCGGUCAGGUGCUCCGCUCCCGCGCGUCGGGGCGGACGUUGCCCCUUUAAUCGGCGGAGGGCGGCGCUGAGGAGUCCCGCGAGAGCGGCGGGGGGCGGGGGGCGGCGCCGAGGCCGGGGGCCCGUGGCCGAUGGAGCCCGCCAUGGAGCCGGAGACGCUGGAGGCGCGAAUCAACAAGGCCACCAACCCCCUGAACAAGGAGCUGAACUGGGCCGGCAUCAACGGCUUCUGCGAGCAGCUCAACGAGGACUUUGAGGGGCCCCCCCUGGCCACCCGGCUGCUGGCGCACAAGAUCCAGUCCCCGCAGGAGUGGGAGGCCGUGCAGGCCCUGACGGUGCUGGAGACGUGCAUGAAGAGCUGCGGCAAGAGGUUCCACGAUGAAGUGGGCAAGUUCCGCUUCCUCAACGAGCUCAUCAAGGUGGUGUCGCCCAAGUACCAGGGCUCGCGCACGUCGGAGAAGGUGAAGAGCAAGGUCCUGGAGCUGCUGUACAGCUGGACGGUCGGGCUGCCGCAGGAGGCCAAGAUCGCCGAGGCCUACCAGAUGCUCAAGAAGCAAGGCAUCGUGAAGGCCGACCCCAAGCUCCCGGAAGACGCCGCCACCGCCUUCGCCCUCCCUCCGCCCCGGCCCAAGAACGUCAUCUUCGAGGACGAGGAGAAAUCCAAGAUGCUGGCGCGCCUGCUGAAGAGCUCGCACCCCGAGGACCUCCGCGCCGCCAACAAGCUCAUCAAGGACAUGGUGCAGGAGGACCAGAAGCGGAUGGAGAAGAUCUCCAAGCGGGUGAGCGCCAUCGAGGAGGUGAACAACAACGUGAAGCUGCUCACGGAGAUGGUGAUGAACCACAGCCAGGGCGGCGGGGCGCAGAGCAGCGAGGAGCUGAUGAAGGAGCUGUACCAGCGCUGCGAGCGGAUGCGACCCACCCUCUUCCGUUUGGCCAGCGACACGGAGGACAACGAUGAGGCUUUAGCGGAGAUCCUGCAGGCCAACGACAGCCUCACGCAGGCCAUCAACCUGUACAAGCAGCUGGUGCGGGGCGAGGAGGUGAACGGCGAGACGGCCGGGCCCAUCCCCGGCAGCUCUUCCGCCCUGUUGGACCUGUCGGGCCUGGACCUGCCUCCCGCGGGCACCCCCUACCCAGCCGUGCCCACUCGCCCCUCCGACCCCAGCAGCCCGGAGCAGCCCAGCGCCUCCGUCUCCCUGUUGGAUGACGAGCUCAUGGCCCUGGGCCUGAGUGACCCCACGCCGCCCGCUGGCCCCAGCCUGGACGGCGCCGGCUGGUACAGCUUCCAGUCCUCCGAGGGUCCCGAAGCCCCGGGCCCGACCCCUGUGCCCGACGGGGCCAGCAAGGCCCCUGCGCCGACCCCCCCUCCGGCCAGCAGCGGCCUGGACGACCUGGACCUCCUGGGGAAGACCCUCCUGCAGCAGUCGCUGCCCCCCGAGGCCCAGCAAGUGCGGUGGGAGAGGCCGCAGCCGGCGCCCCGCCUCACGCUCCGAGACCUGCAGAACAAGGGCAGCGGCGGCCCCCCCAGCGCCGGGCCCCCCGGCCCCCUCCACCCCGGCUCCCCCGAGCCCGCGGGGCCCCCGCCGCAGCCCGCGCCGCCCGAGCUCUCGCUGGCCCACAUCACCGUGCCCCUGGAGUCCAUCAAGCCCAGCAGCGUCCUGCCGGUGACCGUGUACGACCAGCACGGCUUCCGGGUCCUCUUCCACUUCGCGCGUGACCCGCUGCCCGGCCGGGCCGACCUGCUGGUGGUGGUGGUCUCCAUGCUGAGCACCGCCCCCCAGCCCAUCCGCAACAUCGUGUUCCAGUCAGCCGUGCCCAAGGCCAUGAAGGUGAAGCUGCAGCCGCCGUCCGGCACCGAGCUGCCCGCCUUCAACCCCCUCGUCCACCCCUCGGCCAUCACCCAGGUCCUGCUCCUCGCCAACCCCCAGAAGGAGAAGGUCCGGCUACGCUACAAGCUGCUCUUCACCAUGGGCGAGCAGGCCUUCGCGGAGACGGGCGACGUGGACCAGUUCCCCCCACCCGACUCCUGGGGCAGCCUCUAGGGGCCGGGGCCGGCGGGGCCCGUCGAGCCUGGGGGUGGCUGCGGGGGCCGGGAAGACCCUGCGUCCCCACGGCCGCCCCCGCCCCCCAUCCGGUGCUUCUCCGUCCCGUGGCCCCCAAGAGACGUCGUGCCCCACGGCGCACCCCGCCCGCUGAGCCGCCCGGCCAGAGGCCGAGGGGCCCUGGGUGGGGGCGGGGGCGGCCGGGCUUGGGCCGGGGGAGAAGCUGGGUCGUGGCAGCCCGGCCUGCCUGUCUCUGAUGCCUUACGGGAAGGCCCAGCCAUCGCGGGGCCCGGCUGGGGAGGGCGCGGCCUGCUCCCCAUCUUUGCACUCUGGUGUGUGGUUUGACUCUUUGCUUUUCUUGCUCCAUGGGCGGCUCCGAGGUCCCUGUCUCGGGGCGCCCAGGGCGGGGGGCUCCACCUCCCCCUCCCCGGCCCCUGGGAAGCGGGGGGCCACACUGCUAUUCUUGCUCCAAGUGGGGGGCCGGCGGGCGUGAGAACAGGAGUAUUUAUGGAAAUAAACGUCCUUUUUCCUGGA